CGGACUAAAAUCCCCUUGGUACUGUCACGAGCUCCCUUCUUGGCAUAAACUACAGUACUUUGGUCCUUGAUAAGAUGCACCAGGAUAGAACGCCUCCUUGAGAUGAUUUUUCAAAGAUUUCAAGCCCAUUCUUGACCAGAGUGUUGGAUACGGUGUGGUUGUUGGAAUCGGGUUUUUCUUCGCCCUCCUUAUGUUAUGCUUGACCGCGGUGCAAUCUAACUUCUCUCGAUAUACCCCAAGUUCAUCUGAAGAGUUCACGAGUGCUUCCCGCAGUGUCAAACCAGGGUUAGUGUGCUGCGGCAGUGUCAGCGCCUGGACAUGGAGUGCGACUCUCCUUCAGUCUAGCACUGCAGCUUAUACAUUUGGUGUCAGCGGCCCUUGGUGGUACGGUGCGGGCGGUUCUAUCCAAGUGGCGAUGUUUGGAAUGGUGGCUGCCAAAGUCAAGAUGAACGCGAACGGCGCUCACACAUUCUUGGAGAUUGUCAAAGUUCGCUUCGGUACCGCAGCCCAUAUCGUGUUUACCAUAUAUGCGUUCAUCUGCGUUCUUGUUGUAUGCGGAUCUCUCUUAGUGGGAGGCGCCGCCACUGUGAACGCCCUCACCGGCAUGAACAUACUUGCUGCGUAUUUUCUGUUGCCGAUUGGCAUCGCGGUUUAUGUCGUAUUCGGUGGACUGCGUGCCACCUUUAUUUGUGAUUGGACGCAUACCGUCAUUCUAUUCGCCAUCAUUUACACUUUCAUCUUCCGUGCAUACGGGACAUCACCGGAGAUUGGUAGCUUAACUCGAAUGUAUGAGUUGCUCACACAAGCUGCAAUUGAUGUGCCUGUCCCCGGUAAUGCAAAUGGAAGUUAUAUGACCAUGAAGUCGAAUCAGGGUCUUGUCUUCGGAGCGUCAGCAUUGCUUUCAGGAUUUGCCGGCGUGUUUUGUGAUCAGGGAUACUGGCAAAGGGCGAUUGCAAGUCACCCCAAAGGAACCACUAAAGCUUAUGUAUUUACAUCCCUUCAUCCGCCGAAUGAUGCAACGCUUACUACAAUGUCACAGAUGCUUGGUGGUCUCUCUUGGUUUGCCGUGCCUUGGGCUUUCGGAUCUUGCCUCGGUCUGAGUGCCCGAGCGCUUCAAAGCAGUCCUUUGUUCCCGACAUACCCGUCCCCCCUGUCACCGCAACAGACAAGUGCAGGACUCGCCGCACCAGCUGCGGCUGCGGUGCUAAUGGGAAAGGGCGGAGCUGUGGCGCUGUUGUUAGUGGUUUUCAUGGCCGUAACGUCUGCUGCUAGCGCUGAGCUCAUCGCGGUAUCGAGUAUUGUGUCGUAUGACAUCUAUCGUACCUAUUGGCAUCCACAGGCGACGGGUGCAGAGAUUGUUCGUGUUUCACACUACGUGAUUUGUGCAUGGGCGAUAUGGAUGGGGUGCUGGGCGACUAUACUCAAUCAAGCGAACAUCGACCUGGGUUGGACUGAAUUGGGUUACCCCAGUUGUACUAUGGGAAUAGUGCUUAGUCCCGCAGUCAUCCCUAUCAUCCUCACGGUAUGGUGGUCUAAACUCACGCGCACUGGGCUUUUGUGCGGCUCCAUUAUCGGGGCUAUUCUCGGGAUGCUUGCAUGGAUGAUCGGCUGCUGGAAGAUCAAUGGAGAGCAUUUUCGGCUAUCCCAUAUUACAGGCGCCAUCACUAUAGCUAACCUCGCAUUGCCAAUAUCCGCUGUAUGCAGUGGUCUUACUGGUUUUAUGUUCUCGGGGCUCAUUACUGUCUUCGUGUCUCUGUUGAAACCUGAUAAUUACGAUUUCGAAGGGACCCGGGCUAUUGCAUUGCUGGACAAAUCGGAAAAUAACGACCCCAAUUUGGAUGUGGCAUCUGCCGAGAAACGCGAAAAAUUGCCGUCAGAUUUCGAGGUGGGGCCUACGGAUCCAGUUGCCCAAGAGGACCCCCUCUGCUAUGACACCCUGCAAGGGGUGUUCAGGCGAGCGACAUGGUAUUCAUCAGCAAUGUCUGUCAUUGUCAUUCUUAUUGUCCCGUUGACCAUGUUUUUCACGAACUACGUAUUCAGCGAGCGGUUUUACGCAUUUUGGGUGACAUGCUCCAUCGUAUGGGUUUUCAUGGGCGGGGCCUUCAGCGUUAUUCUUCCCUUGCUGGAGUCGCGGAAGGAGAUGGUUGCGAUCUUGAAGAGACUUGGAAAGCUUGUGUCUACGAAAUUGUACAUAAAAUCGUGA